UUUUUUCCUUUAAAUUCCAAACUUCUGAAAAUUUAGAAUUACUCAAAGUGUAUAGAAGUCAAAGUCCAUAGCUAGUCAACUUCAUUAGCUUUGAUAACUGCACUGGAUCAUAGAUGAGAAAAUACAAACAAGAAAGAAGUUGGUGAUCAUGGUGGCUGCUUCAUUGACUCUGAUCCUCAUCCUUGUGAUCACCACCGUCUCCACCGGCCGUCACUACAAAGAUGGCGAUCCAGUCCUUGUCUAUGUCAACAAGAUUAGCCCCUUCUCCGACCCUAUAGAAAGCUACAGAUACUUUGAUCUUCCAUUCUGUUCUUCAGGGAUUGCAAGUAAAGAGAAGGAAACACUUAGUCAAGUGCUUGAUGGUGGUCGUCUUGUUGUCGGUCCAUUUAAGCUAAACUUCGGUGUUGAUCUUGCUAGUAACAUAUCUGAAACGUUGUGCAAGAAGAGAAUGAAAAGAGAUGAUCUUGCUAAGUUUAGAAAUGCAAUAGAAAAAGCAUACUUAUUUGAAAUGUACUUAGAUGACCUUCCUUUUUGGGGAUUCAUUGGAUAUAAAGAUCAAAUCGGUUCUUCUAGUUCCAAGUUCAUACUUUUCAAUAACUUGAAUUUUGUGAUUUCUUAUGACACCGAUCAUCGUAUUUGCUCUGUCAACUUGGCUUCAAGUGGAUUUGUAGACAUAUCUGAGGACAAAGAGAUGGAGGUGGAGUUCUUGUACUCUGUCAAGUGGAAGGAGACGAGCAUUCCAUUUGAGAGAAGAAUGGAUGUAUAUAUUUCUCUGGACACUCAGUCAAACUGGUUCUUAACUAAGAGCUCAAGCUACUUGGUUAUUGUUGUUGCUGGAUUACUUGCCUCAAUGCUGAUAUGGUUGCUGCACAAUGACUUAGCAAAGUAUGCUAUCAAUGACGACUUGAUUACCGAUCAAGAGGAGACUGGAUGGAAGAACAUUCACGGAGAUGUUUUCAGAUACCCGAGACAUAAAUCACUGCUUGCUGCUUCACUUGGAUCGGGGACUCGGCUAUUGUUUGUAUUUGUUUUGUUGCUUAUUAUCGGAUUUCUUGGUGUAUUCCCACCGUUCAAUCAAGGGAAUUUUGCGACUGCACUUAUAGUCAUAUACACAAUUGCAUCUUUCUUGGCUGGCUACACUUCGACUUCUUUUUACUGUCAGCUCGAAGGAGCGAACUGGGUAAAGAAUCUGAUCCUGACUGAAUGUCUGUUUUCCGGUCCUCUAUUCCUUAUGUUCUGCUUUCUCAACACCAUUGCAAGCUCUCCUUUGCUUGUACUCGGUGGAAUAGCCGGUAAAAACCGAAAUACAGGAUUCGACGCUCCAUGUAAAACCACCAAAUGUCCUCGAGAAAUUCCUCCAUUGCCUUGGUACAAAGGAAUUGUUCUAAAGAUGUUCAUUGCCGGCGUUCUUCCUUUUAGCAUGAUCUCCAUUCAACUGCAUUAUAUUCUUUCAGGUCUUUGGGGGUAUAGAGUUUACACUAUAUUCAGCGCCCUUUCUAUAGUUUUUGCUCUUCUACUACUCGUCACCGGUCUUGUUACCAUCACUCUUACUUAUUUUCAGCUAUCUUUGGAACAUUAUAAGUGGUGGUGGAGUUCUUUCUUUUACGGUGGAUCGACCGGAUUGUUUAUCUUCGGCUAUUGCUUCUACUAUUAUGCACAAUCAGAUAUGUCUAGUUUUAUGCAGAAAUCUUUCUUUUUCGGCUAUAUGGCUUGUUUAUGCUACGGCGUCUUCCUCGCGCUUGGUACUAUCGGUUUUUUUACCUCGAUGUUGUUUGUUCGCCACAUUUACGGAUCGAUCAAAUGUGAGUAGAGACCGAAAAUGUUCACAUUUUGCCUAGUUCAGAGAUUAAAACACAAACCUUUCUGUUUGUUUAGAACAAAAUGAAUAUGGAGGUAUAGUUCAACCUCUAAUGUAAUUCAUGCAUUAUUGAUGAAUACUGAAAUUAUAAUGAUGAUUAUAGAUAAGAAUAUG